AUGACAGAAAAACUUUGACAAAUUGAAUUGUGCCACUGCCAACAAGUGGCAAUUCAAAUUUUUAUUUUAAUGACUUCUAUUACAUUUUAGUUGUAAGGUUACUGAUACCAUUCCUGAUAUUUGAAUAUAAAAAUUUACAACAAUAUAGAGUGACAAUGUCGAAGGUAUAUAGAGCUUUGAUAUCGGCUACAGACAAAUUUGUCCCAAAUAAACUUCGUCCGCUAUGGGAACACGAAGCUGGUCCCAAAACCAUAUUCUUUUGGGCUCCAGCAUUUAAAUGGGGCUUGGUGAUAGCAGGUUUGGGUGACCUAACUCGACCUGUCGAGACAUUGUCCAUACCCCAGUCCGCAUCCCUAGCGGCGACAGGAAUUAUUUGGUCGCGUUAUUCACUUGUUAUAACACCAAAAAACUACAGCCUGUUUGCGGUUAAUGUAUUUGUGGCGAUAACUAGCCUUUACCAAAUUGGAAGAGCUUAUAGACACCAAUCUAUACACAAAAAGGAAUAGUUUGUCUGAAUAUUUUCGGAUUGUGGUUUAGAUUACUGGGUAUCAACUGUCUGUGUGCUACUGCACAUAGAUAAUGUAGAUGAAAUAAAUAGAUAAUUUAUUAGUUUUACGACUAGAUAAUUAUUCGAACGACACAAUUUAUAGUAUCAGAACAAAAAAGUUUAAAAAUAUUGCACAUUUCGAUACUUAUCAGUAAUGUUACAAAAAUCGUUAAAUGUUAUAAUGGUGCUCUUUUCUUUAUAAGUGUUACGUUUCAAAUAACAUGUCUGUGAUACAGUAUGUUUAAAUAUUUUAAAUGAUUUAACUUACACUUUGACAUUUUUAAUCUGUGAUGUAAAAGAAAAAUAAAUCAGCCACUUUUGUUGACACUGGCUGUUUAAUUUUCUUGUUUUACCGGAUUAAAAAAAUAACCAGCAUCUAGUAUAGUAUUACUAGAGUUGGCACAUUUAGCGGAAGAGUAGUCUUGAUUGCGGUGUGCCAAAUCAAAUGCAGGUUACUAUGUUGGGUGUAUAGACAACACUGUUCACGUUAUCACGGGUAUUGUAAAUCAUGUUAGAAAAAUUAAAGUAAUAUUGUUAAAUUA